AUGCCACCCAAACGCCCCUCCGCGCCCAACCCGGUAGAAUACACCUACGCGCAGCCCACCAACAGCAGCGUCUCCCACUCCAUCGCCUCACCCCCCGCCAUCUCCAGCACCACCUUCCACAUCGCCGGCAUCCUCACGCACGUGCACGGCCUCGCCGAACUCCCCUCCUCCUGCACCGAAGUCGCCGUGCUCUGGCUCCUACACCCCCGCCUCCAGGACCACCGAUGCAUGGCCCCCUUCGCCGCCCACAUCAUCACCAACUACUACGCGCACCUCAAGACCGGGGCCGGCGGCCGUGGCACCGGCGGCAAGGAAACGGGUUUGAUCGCCGUGUCGUUCGACCAGCGCAACCAUGGCACGCGCCUGGUCGACAAGCUGGCCAACGAGGCGUGGCGCAGCGGCAACGAGCACCACGCGCAGGACAUGUUCAGCUGCUUUGCGGGCACGGCCGAGGACACGAGUCUGCUGCUCAACUACCUGGCCGCGUACGCUUUUCCCGAGGGCAAGGUCAGAAUCGCGAGGAACAUGGUCAUGGGCAUCAGUCUGGGCGGCCACGCCGCGUGGCACCUCGUCAUGAGGGACGAGCGCUUCAGUGCGGCGAUUGUGGUCAUUGGGUGCCCGGAUUAUACGCGCUUGAUGGUGGAUCGCGCGAGGUUGAGCAAGAGGGCGUGCUGGCUCGAGGGGCAGGGGAAAGGGUUCUUGGGCAGCAAGGACUGGCCGCAGGGGUUGGUGGAGGCGAUAGAUAGGGUAGACCCUGCGUCGUACUUCUCCAAGGUGCUGGGCAGGGGGGCCGCUCCCGGCGAGGAGGACUGGGCGAGGACCAUGAGUGAGGAGGAAGUCCGCAGGGUGAGGCCGGAGAUGGAGAGGUGUUUUGGAGGGAAGAGGUUGCUGAUAUUGAGUGGCGGUGCCGACAAGUUGGUCAACUACAAGUUCAGCGAGCCGUUCCUAACCUGGCUCAAGAGUGCCACGGCAAAGGGCGGUUGGUUCGAUGACGGCGGUCUGCAUUUAAAGGAUGUAGUGGCCGAAGGCUAUGGUCAUGAGGUUCCUCCGAGCAUGGUUGAGGAAAUGCUCCCGUUCAUCAACGAGACGAUGGACGAAGCCGAUGGCCGGCAGCGACGAAGGUCGAAAAUAUAG